AUGGAUUUGGGAUGGAUUUUGGUGGAUUUAGGAAGGUUUGGAUGGAUUUUGGAAGUUUUUGGGUGGAUUUUGGGGGUUCAGGGCGGGUCUGGGCUCCUGCCGCUCCGGAACGUUCCGCUGCCGCGCCGCCUGCCCACGCCCGAGCCCCCCAGCCUGCCCGAGCUGCCCGGGGACCCCGGCGCCAGCCCCGCCCACCCCCUCCGCGAGGAAAAGCCCCCUCCCCCCACGGAAUUCGACUUUGACGACGAGCCCCCUCCCCCCCAACCCCGCCCUCAUCGACCGAGCGCCGCGCCCCAGGUACAAAAAACCCAAAUUUGGGGCUUUUUGGGGCUUUUGGGGGGAUUUGGGGCUUUUUGGGGGGGGCGAUUCGAGCUGAUUUUUGGUGCGAUUUUAUGCCGAUUUUUGGGGCGCUUUGGGCUGAUUUUUGGGGUGAUUUUAUGCGGAUUUCUGGGGCGAUCGGCCCCCCACCCCCCCGAAUGUGCUCCCCCCCCAGGGCCGCCGAGCCGCGGGCAGAAGCGCGAGGCGCGCCUGGACAAGGUGCUGUCGGACAUGAAGCGCCACAAGAAGCUGGAGGAGCAGAUCCUGAGGACCGGGCCGCGACCUCUUCCCCCCCGAGGGCCCCCAGAGCCCCAAGCGGCCCCCGGGCUCUUCCUGCGCCACAGGAAGUUCUGAAAAAACGCAAAAAUUAAAAUUAUUGUCACCUC